CAGAAAUCGCAAAUUUUUACAGACUUUUUCUUUGAUUGCGAGGAUAGCCUACCUUGACUAAAUUUUGCGAAACACUCCGGUUGUUAACAGUUUACGGCCACCUUUCUCUUUCACCAGUAGCCAUCAUUUCAGCGGACUUACAAACUUUUAAUAUUAUUUCAUCAUCGUCACUUGGUUGUGAACGAUUAUUUUAGCUACAAUGUAUCCCACUAGCAAAAGCUAUACUAUUUUCCUGGCCUGUUUGACCUGGUUGACCUUAUUAGCCGAAGGUGCUUUAAUAGCAAAAACACCCGAGAUUUCGCGCCUUGCCGGGAAAGAGCUGGAAACACGCUCCGUCUUACUUACUAAACGGCACCGUUUUGACAAAAGUUGCACCAAUGACCAGCUUACACAGUUGGAUGAGCAGAUAAAAAGGGCAAAAAGCCUUGCUUGGGCCGGAGUGAAGAUCAUAGACAAGAAUCCAAAUUCAGUCCGUGAAUAUUUUCGAAUGAACAGUUAUCAGAGAACCCAGCAGAUAAGAACAUUCUUAUUCGACAGUAGGGUCGCACUUAACAACGAGCGAAAGGAGGUUUUGAUAAGCUGCAAACCUUUACGCCAAAGUGACUGCACAGAUGGCCACCCUACUGCUGUGGAUGAGGGUCGCGACACAUUGGUAGUAUGUCCCAAAUUUUGGGGGCCACCGCCAGCUGGCUCCACCGACGGAUCCGACUUUCAAUCUGUCGCUUUAUUAAAGGGGGUUCUACAGCUUCAAUUCGUCAGAGGGUCAGAACACAAGCACCCAAGGGAAAAUGUGGAUACCAUGGCUUCGUUUUCCGUCAUGGCCAGGAGCCAGUUGGAUGCAGAUCUCGCUCGCGAAAAAGCCGAAUACGAUGAGCUAUGCCGAAAAGUCAAAGGUGGCUUCACACGCUGCAAGAACAAGCUGCCAUUUGUAUCCAAGUCAAAGGAACCCAAGUCGUAGUCAAAGCCCCAUAAGGCCCGACUCGGGUAGCUAUCCAAGAGGCACUUAUUCUUUGGGGUGGUUGCUCCAUAUCAAGAAACAAGAGAGAGUUACCUCUCGACAACUAGGCGCACAAAGUCCGUGGGUUUAAGACAGUACCGCUCUUCAAGCUGAAUCGUUAUGUAAAGACUGGACAUUCAAGACUUAUUUUGUCGACGUGAAGUGGUAUAAUGGGUUUUCUGUUUGGCACCGGGAUAGGUCCAGAUGAAAGUAGGCAAGGCUUAGCGUGGAAAUAAAAAAGAGGCAGCACAGCUGCUUACGUUUAGUACAGUAGAGUAUGACUUGCGGGGCAUCCGAG